AUGGUGUCACUCCGGCGACUUGCCAUCAGCGGCAUGCUGGCCAUGUCCACGAUGGCGCACACACUUGUCCCCAGACAGAAUGUCAACCCAGGACCUGUCACUGGCGACCUUUUCAUCCACGAUCCUACGGUUGUCAAGACUCCCGGCGGAACAUACCUGGCUGCCUACACCGGCGACAACGUCCAGCUGAAGACGUCUAGCGACCGCACCAACUGGCGCAACGCCGGCCCGGCAUUCCCCAACGGCGCACCAUGGACGACCACUUACACCAAAGGGGGAAAGAACCUCUGGGCUCCGGAUAUUUCCUACCAUGACGGAAAGUACUUGAUGUACUAUUCCGCCUCAAGCUUUGGGUCCAGUCGCUCGGCCAUCUUCCUCGCCACGAGCACUACAGGGUUGUCUGGCUCAUGGACCAAUCAGGGUCUCGUCAUUGAGUCAUUCGACAACAGCAACUACAACGCCAUCGAUGGCAACCUCAUUGUCGACGCGUCCGGCAAGUGGUGGCUCUCCUUUGGAUCCUUCUGGUCCGGCAUCAAGAUUGUGGCACUCGACCCCAAGACAGGCAAGCGUUCCGACAACAAGAUUACUUCCAUUGCCUCCCGUCCUGAUAACGGAGGUGCUGUCGAGGCGCCCUUCAUCAUCCGCAAAGGAAAUUACUACUACCUGUGGGUGUCCUUCGACAGGUGCUGCCAGGGUGCCGCUAGCACCUACCGCAUCAUGGUCGGCCGGUCCACGAGUGUGACUGGGCCUUACGUCGACAAGAGCGGCAAGCAGAUGAUGCAGGGUGGUGGCACCCAGAUGAUGUCGAGCCACGGCUCCGUUCACGGUCCGGGCCACAACGCUGUCUUCACGGACGGUGAUGGCGAUGUGCUGGUCUACCACUACUACAACAACGCAGGAACUGCGCAGCUCGGCAUCAACCUUAUUCGUUACGACAGUAAUGGCUGGCCCGUCAUCUACUGA